CAUGGGAAAGCUACGGUCACAUCUUUGUUUCCUGUAUUCCCUAGCCUUCUUUAGUCUCUCGACGGCCGCUACUGUAAAACAAGCAAGAAUGCCGUUGGUCCUCUCGUCAGUCGGUCCUGAAAACCUCUUACCUCAGUUUCUAUUCAUGCAAGGUGAAGAAGAAGGAGGUCACUUGAAUAUUGGAUCGUACCACGGCGGUCAAGGCACUCCACAGCCCUUUAUUCCGGACGACAGUUGCCCAGACGACAUAUUUGCGUAUGCUAGCACUGAUCUCCGUGGGCGACAGCUACCAUACCUGACACAAGACAACUGGGACUGUAAACGUAACAGCACCACCGUACCCGUCACACAAGUGGAGAACGAUUAUAUUAUUGCAAACAUUGUUCCACAGUGGGGAGGAAAGGUGUGGUCGCUUUAUCAUAAGAAGUUUAAGAGGGAGAUGCUCUUCAAUAACCCUGCUCAUCAACCGGCCAAUAUUGGGUUGCGAAAAGCUUGGACAAGUGGAGGGUGCGAGUGGAACUGGUCGCCUGGUAUUAUUGGCCACGGCGUUUUCACUGAAUCACAAGUGUACAUGGCUAAGAUAAAAACUGACCUUGGACCUAUCCUACGAGUGUAUGAGUUUGACAGACUUAAUCACACAGUAUGGCAGGUUGACAUGCUGUUUGAUGAUCGUGAUGGCACAUUCUGGGCUCAUCCCAAAGUGACAAAUACUAAUUCUCAUGAUAUUCUGGGCUACUGGUGGACAUGUGCUGCACAUGCCAUCACAGAACAGAGUCGAGUUAUCACUCCAGCUGCUUAUACCGUAGAAAAUUCUCAUGGAAUGGUCCGAUCUAACUGGCCUCAUUUUGAUUACAGCUUGGAGAACUCAUCAUUCUAUGACCCUUCAGUCGAUAUGUCAUAUCUGAGGAAUAUUCCAAAUGAAAUGGAUGCAUUUGUUCGAAUCAUGAAACCUCAAUUACCAUAUAUUGGUCAUGCAGAUGGGGAGGGCUUUACUGUCAUUCAUGGCCAUCAAAUCAAUGGAACAAAGUUCUUCACAUGGGGGCAAGAUGCUAAAGCCCAGUUUUGGAUGAAUUUCCUUUCGGCAUCAAAAGGUAAAGGUGAUUACACUGAACUACAAAUUGGUCCUGCACCAACACAGAUGCAGAAUUUUCCGUUGAAAGCCAAUGAGGUUUUUCAGUGGACAGAAUGGUUCCGACCAUUUAUUGGAAAUGCAUCACAGCUCCAUUCAGAAAACUAUGUAGAAGCACUCGGUGCAGUUAAUAAAUGGAUUUCCUCUGCUGAGGGCCUUUCUCAAAGUCGUAUCAGUGAAAUGCAGUCAUUUUUAGAAAAAUAUGCAGAUCAUCCGAUUACUAAAGAGGAUCUGAUUACCACAGGGUCAUCCUGGGGAGCACUUCAUGAGAAAUCUACAGGCAAGCAGCUGAGUCCAAGCACUUACUUUACCGUGGAUGCGACAGAUAUGGAAGCUUCUCCGUGGUUAGAGCUCUUGGAGACUGGCCAUUUCAGUAACAAAACUUUAAACUUAAUUCCGACUAGUUUCCAAGUCUCCGAUGACUGGGUUAAUCUACUAGACACUGCCUUAAGUAAGCAAGGCAGCAAUUGGCUGAUUCAUCUGCACCUUGGUGUAGCAGCGGCUGAGCAGGGUAAUGGCAAUUUGGCAAGAACUCAUUUCAAUAUGUCUGCAAAGUUGAAACCUAAUGCACAUGCAUACAGAAAUCUGGCAGUCACUGCUCGCAGCUUGGACGAAGUAUACAACAACUACAUGAAGGCGUGGGAUGUAGCAACUGGAUCUGAAUUUCAUGGUGAUCCAAACUUUGAGCGCUUAAUCAAUGACCUUGCUGCUGAGAUUUGUCUCUAUCUUCAGUCUGCAAAUCUUCUAUCUCAACUCUCAGACUUCGUUGAUAAGUUACCCAUCUCUGCCACCACACGAGAUCAAGUGAUCAGUGCAAAGGCAUCCAUUGCUCUGUUUCACAAAGACUAUAACACUGUCUACAAAAUUCUGACAUCAAACUGUUUUCCUACAUAUGGUAGUGAUCGUUCCACAUUGAUUGAAAUCUGGUUUAAUGCACAUUAUGAUGAAGAGGCCGUAAAGUUGAAGAGACCUCUCACAAUAUUGGAAGCUCAUGAAGUCAGAAUGAAAUAUCCAGUGCCAAGUAACAUAGGAGUGCCGUACUAGAAAAAGACAUCGUUGUCUUCAAGUUUGUUAACUGUGUGACAAAUGAGUCUUCUCAGUGGGCUGAAAGUUUUGUGUAUUUGUAGUUUUCUUACAAGAACACUUGCAUGAAGAAAUAAAUAGCUAAAAAACAACUUAGAUGAGGCAAGAAGUGUUCACAACCUAAAUAGACUGUU